GUCUUAUUUUAAGACCACACCCACUGCUACAUAGUGUCCAGUCAUGUAAAAUUCCUGAAGAGAGGAACAACUUGUUGGCUUGAACACUAAGGAGUCUGGAGUUCAAGUAUCUAUGAUUUACAUCAACUCCAAGACCAACUGCAAGGAUUGGAUAGCAGUUUGUUGCAAACAGACAAAUGGCUGCUGACCAUUUGCAAGACUUUGCAGAGCGAGGGUCCUAUGUGCGGCCUUUAACUUUUGGUCUGUGCAUGGAACAUCAACACUCACCAUUCAGAGAUGCACUAAGCCUCCACUUUCAGCAGACUUACUUUGAGCCAGUCUACAGCCACAGAUACACUGGGCGCUUCUCCUACUUGCACUUCCCCACACCCCUGAGCAUGUACGACUGCUCCUUUGAACCAGCGUUCAUCCGUAAACGCAAUGAGCGUGAAAGGCAGAGGGUCCGUUGUGUGAACGAGGGCUAUGCACGGCUCAGAGAGCACCUGCCUCAAGAGUUUGAGGAUAAAAGACUGAGUAAGGUGGAGACAUUACGAGCGGCCAUCAGCUACAUCAAACAUCUGCAGAAUCUCCUGGAGCUGCGGCUGCCAGAUGCCAUGAUGGAGCUGUCACCCGGGAGCGAGAGAGGGACUGAAGCUAUGAUGCAGCUCACAGAGUGUAACAGUGAUGGAGAGUCUAAACACAGCCUGAGUGACAAUGGGGAACCAUGCUACUGAGCAGACUCCAUCACACAGACAACACAAAUAGCAGCAUGGUCCAUAUGAAGUCCAUAAUGAUGGACUAUUCUUUUGUUACCACACACAAAUAAAAUCUGUGGAGAAGGAUGGCUUUUAUAAUAUACUUUCCUGAUGAUGUUAAAUAUGGUUUGCUUCCUAAUGUUAGACUUUUUAGAUCUUGCUAUCUAGUUACAGUGGAUUUCAUCAAAACCAGAAUAACAUGAAAAUCCAAUUUUAACAUGCACCUUGUUGUUGCAUUAGUGCCAUGUGAGUAAAUCUGGAGAAGAAAUUGGGAACGUAAAUCAAUAAACAGGACUGAUAUGCAUUUUGGGGGUUGCUAUGAUAAAAAAAAAAUAAAGUCAUGCAAAAUUUUAACACAUUGACAGUGCAGAAAAGAAAUGAAACUAUGUGCAAUAUGCUUCAAACCAGAGUUACAAUUAUUUACGGUCAAUUUUCAUGAGUUUUCAUUUCAUUUUCAUGUUCCUUUCUUUGCAUAUUAAUGUAUGCAUGCACACAAUAUCCACAAUCAAGAACCCACACCAACUUUUGAGUAUCAAACUUUUCAUGAAAAGCAAAAUGCUGAAAUAGUUAUUAUUACAUUUUUGUUUUUUGUUGUUUUUGUUAUUUGCUGCUAUUCUCAACAUUAAUGAGAUUGUUUAUAAUUUGCUAAAUUAGUUGGACAAAAUCAAUAAAUAUCAUAAAGCAUA